GCUGUAUAAAAGCACAUGCAGUCAAGCAAGCAAGCAGCAGCAAGCUUGGUCCAGCAGCCAGAGCUCCCCUUGUGCCUGACCGCACCCGAGCAGCGCCCCUUCGCCAGCGUCAUGAACAGGUCCACCUUCCUCGCUCUCCUCGUGAUGACGACCCUCCUGCUGGCGUCUUCUCCCGCCGAGGCGCGUGCCGCCGUCCUCUGGAGGGCCGAGAGGUCGCCUCAAGGGUCAUCUGCGGCUGCGGCGGCUGCGGCUGCGGGCUCGGGAGGAUCGUCCUCCUCGGCCGCAGCGUCUUCUUCCUCUUCCGGAGGCCAUGGAGGAUCCUCGUCGUCGGCUGCGGCUUCGUCAUCUUCGUCGGGCUAAAGAGGAGAAGGAGGGGCAGGAGGAGCAGAUGCUAAAGCAGAUCAAGAAGAACGAAAAGGAACUGGACGACCAGGAGUAAAACAACAACUUCAUAAACAAGAUCUAGGGAAACCUACAAUGACAACAACAACAAAGACGAAAAGGCAAAUCUAAAAGUCUUGUAUUUAUUCCAUUUCGUUUUUAAUAAAUUAACAACCAUGA